AUGGACGCCGCCAGCUUCGUGGAGUUGCCAGAGCUGGAGGAGCCGGUGCUGGAGGAGGUUCGGCAGACAUGGGGGACACUCCAGCGUCGGCCCAAUGUGGCAAAAGACUUCCUCAGGUUGCUCUCGGAGGCCUUGCCGGAUACGCUGCAUAUGUCCAAGCGUUCGACCACCGUAUGGCGAAUCCUUGAUGACCUGGUGACUGCUUUGAGUCAACCCAACCUUCUGCGGCCACGAAUUGAGUUCGUCGCCCUGCGGCACCUGGACGUGGCCAUCGAAGCCGCCGAUCUCGAGGCUUUCAAGACGCUGCUAGUGGACACCAUUCUUGCCAAGCUGGGCAGCGCAUCAGAGGCAUUCCAAGUGGGCAUCGCCGAGCUCAUAGAUGCUGUGGGAAAGUGCCUGAUAUCAACGCAGCGACACUACGCAAAGAGGGUUCGUUUGCUCGUCACGAGCUGGAGAGCUGUGGGCGCAGAAUCGCCGGAGAAAGAGAAGCUAACGGAGAAGAAGGUAGACACCGAGAUCGAGCUCACCUACGAGGAAGAGAAGUCCUCGGAAAAAGAGACUGAGCAAGCUGCGGAGGACCUCAAGGCCGGGAAGGAAAAGGGAGGCGCAAAGGCGGUGGUCUCCGAAGCCCUCGUGCCCAGCACUUUCGCGGAGAUGGCGCACUUUAAUGCCUCGGUCAUGGGCCUCGGCAACCCGUCUUGGCUCUCUGAGAUCGUGAACUCGAUGGAUGCACUGGUGCUGAAUAUUGGCAACAUCGCCAGGCUACAGGAGGAGUGUGACGUCCUGUCUUUGCUUCUUUGGCGCCACUCGCGCACGGAGAAGGUAGACCUUCAAGGCUUCCAGUCCGUGCUGUUUGCCUCUUUGAGGUCGCUCUUGCAGAAGGACUGGAAGAUGAAGCACGAAGAAGCGUGGCGCUGGUUCUGGCAAUGUGUUGAACCACUCCUUGAGGUUAAGCUGCCGCUGGGCCAGUACCAGAGCCACCUGCGAAGCUUCAUGGGUUCCAUGGAUGAUGAGGAGGCGGCAGAUUGUCGGCUCGAGAUUUGGGAAGACUUCAUCAGAAACUGUCCAGAAUGCCAGGACACUGUCAAGGCGAACAAUCAGCGGCUGUCCUGGCUUGGAGGGAAAAUACUGAACCUGCUGACGGAGAUUUUUUGCAAGACGCACUCCACCGUCCGGACUGUUUCCGCCCUUGGACUCGUGCACGCCGGGAUGGGGAUCCCUGAGGACUUCAUUGGAAUUUUUCAAGAGUCCUUGAUGGGCACGGUGAGCAAGUACAGCGAAGAAGCUUGGCUCCCCGGCCUGCGCUGGAGCUCCAGCUUGGUGUCGCGAAUGUUGCUCAGGACUUUGGCGGAAGGCUCUACCGCCGUCAUGAAAUCCAUCAGCAAGGAUUCAGCCCGGGAGCUGAGAAAGGCCGUGGCAUCCGCACCCCGCCGAUGCAGGGACUCCGUGCUCCUCCAAGUCCAAGUUGGCACGGAGUCCAUAUCACCUCUUCUCUGGGCCAUUGAGAGUGGAGCUCUGAACACCGUACGGGCCAUCUUCAUUGACCUGUUGACUAUCCGAGCAGACCGAGCACGGUACUACUAUGGCAUGGAGGCAUUGUGGAAACGACACCCGGACAUUGUGCCAGUUCUUUGCCGACGGGCACCCUCACUGCUGCACACAUUGCUGGAUGGGCUCAUCUGGAAAUCCAGCAAGGUGACGCAGGGCAUGCGUCGCGUCAACUACUAUGUCGGGCCGCUUCUGGUGGAUGAGGAGCUCAGACUCACCAGCUCCAUCCCAGAGAUGGUCAAGCACAGCGACCCGGUGGUGAUCUGCCAUCCCUGCGCCAUCUUUGUGUCGGACCUGCUGUGGUCUCGCAUUUGCGGGACUGCCUUCUUGUACUCGAAGGUGCUGUUUGUGCUCUCGUUGCUCAGCUUCAUCAUCGGCUUCCAGCAUAUUCCAAGCAUCGAUUACGACGGCCCCGCCCGGUUUGUCGUCAUAGGCUGCCGGCUGUUCACCUAUGCCGUUAGCCUGGGCCAGCUACUGGCAAAACAUGCAUACAUGUUCGCCAGUGCACUGGCUGCCAAGGACACCUGCAAGUACUGCUGCUUUCCGCUGCCGGCUUACCUCGCGAGAUCUUUCAAGGAUUUUGUGGAAGUCAUCCUAGUGCUGCACUUGCUUGCACUCCUUUGUAUGGAGCCGGUACUGCACUGUCUUCAGCACGAUCCUUGGAAGAAGUGUGAAGCGAAGCAGCUAUCGGGGAAUCAACGGAGCAUCCUGCCGAAGAAGAUUGAUCCAACCAUGAUUCCAGUGGUUGAUCACGAUGUCAUCGAGGCACUCAGGCAGAAGGUCCUGCAGGCCAGCUUCUUCAUGGCGGACAAAGACCGUGAUAACAUCCUGAGCAAAUCAGAGUUCUCUCUGAUGGUCCGCAGGGCCUAUCCUGAUCUCAAGGAAGCCAUGCUCGACAAGGCCUUCAUCCUCGCCGGUUUUGGAUGUGGAUGCAUCACCUUCAAGUCCUUCCAAGACUGGGUCGCCUUACAGGAUCACCAUGACGAAAGUCUGUUGGAGGGACACCACAUCGACCCGUUGAGUGCGGUGUGGCGGCUGUGGAACCUGGACGGCGAUGACACCCUCAGCGUCGCAGAGUUUGAGUUUUGCAUCUUGCGGGCAUUCCCAAAAAUGAAGAGGAUGGAUCUGCUGCUCAUCUUGCGUGCCAUGGAUGAGGACCUUAGUGGCGAAGUGGCUCAGGAGGAGUUUGCGCACUUUCUUCUUCCGCCGGUGAGGACCGAUCCCUUCGCUCCAGUUCUGGAAUGCUGUCACUUUUCUCAGCGCCUUUGUGAUGUUGAGAGCUGGCAUCGACGGGUCUCAUGCAUACCAAUGCUGCUCUACUUCGUCCUCACUUCUGAACUCAUUCACAGCAACAUCCAUCUCUCCUGCUUUGUGCUGCUCGUGGCCAGCUUGUGGUGGGACAUGUUCGUGUACUGCUGUAUUCUCGCCUUCCUGACGGCUUCCUUCGCAUCUGCCCUGGCCUGUCUACCCCAGACUGGGAGCACAUCCGGGGUGCAGUUUCGUGAUUUCCGCAGCCUUCCAUCUGCCUUCCAGUCCCUGCUCUCAGUGUCUGUCAAGACAUACAGCGCCAACAGCUUCGAAGAGAUUGCUACGGCCUCUGAGCCUCUCUUGGCCUGGUUUAUCUUGGCCUUCGCCGGCUUUUGGCAUGUCUUCCUCAUGAACUUGAUGGUGGCGCAGCUUUGCCAGCGCUUCGGAGCCAGCUUCAAGGAUGCCUUGGGCUACGCGCGGCUGAAACGAGGAAGCAACAUCUUCGACACGGCUUUGUCCCUCAUCUCGGACAGCAGAUGGAAGCGGUUCAUCCGCAGCCUGAACCUGGACGCACCCUGUCCUCUGGAUGCAUCUGACCCAGGGCCACGGGGAGGUAUACCUACGCUCGAAGAAUUUGAUGGCUCCAGCGGGCUACCGGUGCAGCUCUUCGGAGGCCUGGCCUCCCCGAGCGAGCCCUGGCCAGAGCUGCGCGACUCCGAGGAAUCAGAACUCGACAAGUUCGAAAAGACGGCUUCAAAACGUUUCGAUGACCUGGAGCGACUGGUGGCCGACAUCGCUGACAAGCUCGGCGGUCGAAGAGCUGGUCUGCGGGUGUCGCUGCGCUCCUCGCCUCGGAGCUCCGUCGCGAGCAACGUGGAGGACUGGUCGCCCGGGAAGCGGGCUUCUGUGCGUCAGUCACAGGUGCUUGCGGACUCUGAAUUGGAGGAACCGGACAUACACUAG